ACAUUGGUUUCGGUACUGGGAAUAAUGGAAAUGGAGUAAUAAGGAAUAUGAAAUGAAAUUCAACCGUAUUGUCUAGACCGGACUAGCGAGGCGUUGAGUUGGUAGUGUUGAAUUUGGAUUAAGAAAUUCUACGUAGUAAUUGUUCUGUUGUAAACAUUACUUUUUCCAAUCAAAAUUUGUAAAUAUGUGAUGUAAGUUUUAAAUCAAGAUGUACACUAAAUUAUUGUAGUAUACGAAAUUAUCAAACGUUAAACACGCUCAAAUAAAAAUUGUUAGCAGAAUCUGAACAGAAUUCGUCUAGUUCUAAACCGAGUAUCAAUCUGCAGUAGUACAAUCAAACUAUAGAUUGAAGUAUAUUAUUAUGCAAUGAAUCAAACUUUAUUCCUCUUUGUAUGGUUAGAAAGAACCUCUUGUGCGAACAACUGUUUCGCUGUGACAAGCCUACCAGUCCGACGAUUGUCUUAUUAGUUACAUUUACAGUCGUUGUGUUUUGAUGUCUGCAUAGAAAAUUACAAUGCAUAAUAUUCUCAUGUAUGUCAAAAAAUCGCCAAUUUCUCAUCUGUUGAUGAUUGUGACAUUUUUUGUGUCUGGUGUCAUCAUAAAUUUAGUUCAAUUUUUAUUAUACUAUGGAUUACGCCCUGCCAGCAAAUAUUGGUACAGAAAAAUCAACUACUAUCUGGCUUACUCUUUGUACUCACAGCUAGUGUUUAUGGCAGAGUGGUGGUCGGGAACAACAGUGCACAUUUAUAUUGACAAGGAUGAUUUUUCAAAGUACUACGGAAAAGAGCAUGCCUAUCUCAUCAUGAAUCAUCGUUAUGAUGUCGACUGGCUCGUCGGAUGGAUAUUCUGUGAACGUAUUGGAGUUCUUGGAAAUUGCAAAGCCUAUGCCAAGAAGUCAAUUAAGUAUGUACCUACUCUAGGAUGGGCUUGGAAAUUUGCUGAGUCAGUCUUCCUGGAGAGGAAUUGGGAUAAAGACAGAGAAGCCAUUGGGGUACAAGUUCGAGAGCUAGCAGACUAUCCUGACCCAAUAAUGUUGCUGCUGUAUGCAGAAGGAACCCGGUUCACAGAAGAGAAGCACGAGGCAAGUCUGGCCUUCGCUCGAGAGAAGGGCCUGCCACAGCUCAAACAACACCUGACUCCGCGCACCAAGGGCUUCACCUGCAGUGUGCCUCACUUGCGUGGCAAAGUGGAUGCUAUCUAUGAUGUGCAGUUGGCAUUCAAAGAGAGUGCCAAGGUGAAGCCAACCGUGACUAACAUGCUCCUUGGCAAACCUGUGGAAGGACAUCUUUACUUGGGUCGGAUACCUCUCAGCGAAGUGCCUGAGGGUGAGGCAGAAGCAGCACAGUGGCUCAGAGAUCUUUACAUUAAAAAAGAUAAAAUGAUGGAGAGUUUUCUGCACACUGGAGAUUUCUUUGCGGAGAGUGGAGUGGACAGGGUGGAACCAUUUCUGCUGCCCCGGCGCUACUACAGCCUUGUUAACAUGGCCACUUGGGCCGUCAUCGUUAUCGUGCCUGUUUUCUACUAUUUGACACGACUUAUCACAUCCGGCUCUACCCUCUACAUCUCUGUUGGGAUCUCUAUCAUCCUGUUCUUUUUCUUCAUGCUGUAUAAACUGAUUGAGCUGACCAAGAUCAGCAAAGGAUCGUCAUAUGGGAAGACAACGCCUACUACCCCAGUUAAAGAUGAAAUUCAAAACACAAACUGUAAGCAGGACUAACCUCGUGUUACACAUGCAAUAUUUGCAUUGAUUCCAAGAAGCAUCACUGUAAUGUCAACCAAAGAUAUUUUCAGUUUCCAUUUGUAAGAUUCCUGUAAGAUGUCAAAGCAUAAAGAUACUAAGCACAACUGAAAACUUUGAUCUAUUCUGUUAUUUUUAUAUCUGUAAGAAUGUCAGUCUUGAAAUUCAAGAAUUAUUCAUUAUUUAAAGUAUUGUAUCAAUAAUGAACUUUACUUUCUUGUAGGUGUGAUAUUUUCAUUGAACUGUGUAAGCAGUUAUUUAAAUGAAGCACAAAUAUUAUGUAAUAGAAUUUAUUACAGAUACCAAUUUUGUUAUGAAAUGCUAAAGCCUUUCUUGUUUGUUUCCAUUUCUCCCCUUUUUAACUUGCCGUACAAUGUCUUUUAUUAACCAGUCUAGUUUUAUUACUAUACAACUUUCAAAUUUACUGUUUUAUUAAGUAUGUUGCUUACAAAGAAGUUCACAACAGUUCUUUUUUAUUGUAAGCCAACCUUUUUAGAAGGAGAAAAUUUAUUAUUUGAUACUGGAAAUUUGACUAGAUUGAAAAAUGGGUGUGCUAAUUUGAACCAAAUGGUGGUAAACUCAAAAAUGUUCCAGAGGAUUCAGAACCAACCAAAACUUACAUUCUCUUUAAUAAAACGAUCCCUAUAAUUCUAAUUUGAAAUAUGAAAUUCCAAAUGUGUUUUCAUUUCAACACAAGAUUAAAAUUACAGACAGCACAGUUUUUUAAACUUUUAGAAUUGUAAAGUUGUUCUUUUGUUUUGUCUUUUCAAAUGAAAAUAACCACAAAUAUAACAGAAAAUAUUUGUUUAUUAAGUCUGGACUGAAUGUUUGAGGCCUGGAGAUAGUAAAUUUGAGAAAUUUCAGAAAACAACCACAUCGAACUUUCUUGUAAACAAUGGCUGAACAGUAAUACAUCAAUUUGUUUGAUUGUAUUAAAUCGAUGAAAUAAAAGAGCUUAUUCUUUGGUGAUUUAUUGGGUAUUUGUAUUAAGAACCAUAAUAUUUUUAUAGCUAUAUCAGGCAACUCGAGAGAAAUAAUGAGAAGUUUUCCAUAUUCUCUAUUAUAAUUGUAUAUCAGUUUUUGUACUAAUAUAGAUUUUAUUAUUAGAAGUUAUUGGAACACUAUUUUACAUAAUGUAGUCUGUAAUGAUAUUUAUUUUAAAUUAUUUUACAUAAUUGUACAAAACAUUUCAUUAAAAAACUUUUAUUUUACUUAGAGCCAGGCUGAAUUCUGGAUAUUUUAAAUUUUGUGUUUGUAACAACCAGUAUUUAAAAAUAGCAUUUAUCACAAUACUCAAAAAAGCGUACAAUUUAUACUAUUUAGCAUAAUUUUUGUUAAGAUUUUCUAUAUUUUAACUUUUUCCACUCCAUUUAUAUACAUUCUGAUUGCCUCCUCUGAUCAGUUUUAAUUUAACUAGAAUUUCUGAAACUCUACUUACGAAAACAUUGGUUCUCUUGUGAGAUUGUGCUUUAUUUAUUAUGUGUCUUUUUUAAUAACUAAUGUAGAAAAAUAUAAUUAAUAUCUAUUGUAAUAUUUUAGGUUUUAUUUUUUAGGCCAUUUGUUUCACUAUUAUUUGUGAUUACAAAAACAAAAAGAUUUCACAUAUGCCAACUUCCAGUUAUUGUAUUUUCAACAAUAUACUUUGGAGUUUGUUUUAAAUGCACAAAUAUUACUGUAGGCUAUUUUGUAUUUUUUGUGUUUUGUAGAAAAAUAUAAAUAUAUAAAAUAAAAGUUCUAUUAAAAAUGACACAGAAUAAGGUUAAAAUCUCCAAACAAUAAAUAAAAAUUUACUCAUCUUUUUAAGCAAAUAAGUUUUUGUUUUUGUUUUGUUUUUUGUCUUGUCUAAUUAUAAUAAAAAGUGAACAUAAACUAACUCAUACCCAAAGAGCAAGGCCAAAAUUAUUUGUAAACCAUAAUAAAAACAAACUGUUGCGAUGAUGCUAGAAAAGACAGAUGAGUUGUUAGUAAUGAAUAAUGUUACUAGAGCAGCUCACCCCAAAAUAGGCUGACAACAUUUGAGGCAGUGUUGCCAUUUCGCCGGUAACUACCAGUUAGUCAGUUCCACUGUAAUGUGGUCAUAUACUUGAUUUAUAAGUUGUCUGCAAAACACAUGAAUCAAAUCAAAUGUUUAUGGUAACAAACAUUGUUGCUGAUGUUUGUUUGUUGCAACAGAUGAUGAGAUUGAUCAGUAAUUUUUCCUGCACUUAAAUGGCAACAAUGUUUGGUGUGGGUUUAAAGGGAGGAUUCAGGUCCACCAUCCACUGUCGGAUUUUAGGGUGGACUGCUUAUAGUAUUUCUUUUUUACAUGAAGUAAUUUCCAAGUCGUAGUAGAAAGUGAACAGAUUUCUGCUCAAUUCAGGAAAGCACAAGAAUUUUCAUCCAAAAUCCAUUUUAAUUCUGCAGAAAGGAUUUUGGACAUAUUUUUUUUAUCAACAGAGGAGUGGAAAGAGUUAAAUACUUUAGUAUAAACUCGUGUUAGAACUAUCUCCAAUGACUUUUUGAAGUUGCUUCAAACAUAAUAUAUUUGAUGAUUAUGUAAACCAUAAUUCUGUACUGUUGCCAUUUUGUUGAUGUUAUUGUGAGAUCUUGUUACAUAUUGAAAAUUGAUUACCAAAGCGCAGUGUAACACAAAUGUUCAUUGAGUGUUAAUGGAGGCAGAUAAGUUAAGUUAUCUAUGUUUGAUUGAAGCUGAAUUUAUUUUGUGAAUCUCAUCCAUGAUAAUUUUUAUUUUAGUUCAAAUAAACCGCCAAUUAUGUUUUAAUAGCUGAUGAUUUUGUUGAGAAAUUUAAAUGUUAAUUCAAAUGCAUUAUUUGGAAUACUUAUUAUUAAGUGUUUUUUUUUACUUCAUACAAUCAUAGACUGGAAGUGAUGAUCUGUAUAAAUAAUAAUCUGUAUAUAAUCUGCAUUAUAAUUUAAUGUAUAUAAUAAAAAAUGUAAGACUUACAGUAGAAUAAGUAACAAUGAUAUUAGGGCUUGUAGCACUAUACCAAGUGAUAUGUCUGUUGCUGGCCAAUUAUCUGUGGUUUAAAUGGAAUGCUGUGUUAUAUCCUUGGCUAAUUGUGUAACGUCAAUGUCUUUCAAAUUAGUUGAAUUAACUCAAUAGUGAAUAUAAAUGUCUGCAGAGUUUGAUUCCUGAAUAUCAUAUUAUCUGUAUGCAGUUACUAAUGCAUUGUAGAGAGUUACCGAUGAACGUCAGGAUAAGUACGAUAGUAAGAUAUUGAUAUAGUGAUUGUGGUCGUGCUCUUGAAAUUUGCAACAUGAUAGGUAAUUGAGAUGGAAAAUUAGGUCAUACGUUAUUUUUAUUGUAAGAGUUUUUUAUCGUUGAAUUACCUAUAUCUACUUAUCUUUGAAAUGAAAAUAAAGAGCCAUAGUUGAAAUUUCUUGGUGCUGCUAAAAUUCUAAGUCUGUGUUAUUAUCAUCAUACAUGGUGAGUUUUAAAUAUCCCUUUUCCUUGAUCUGCAAGUGUUGGUACCGAACUACCAAUCAUUAUUUGAUGUUAAAUAAGUUAUUUUUGCAUAGAAUUUUCUGCCAUAAUUCGAAAUUCAUUACUGAAUUAAUUUCUCUUUAUGUAAAUAUGGUGUUGUGAAAUGUGAUUUUGGACUACCUUUGUGUACCUUAUGUUGCUAUAAACCGUUUUCUUUUAUAUCUUAUUUUCAUUAAAAAGAUAGAUAGAUAUUUAAAAAUUAAUUAAAAACUAAGGCUCGCUAACAAUUUUUAGUAAUAUGGUAAUAAUUUAAUCAUAUUUUUUUCAGAAAUAAAUUAUGCUAAAGGACA